AUGAUCCUAGGUACUGCCGUUAUCAUCAAUUUGUGGGGCACCCAACCACUGCCUGUCAGAGUCCGAGGAGGAUUUUACACGCCAAAAUACAUGAGGGAGUCCUUGAACGAACAAACAAGCCUUUCAGCAGCUGUACGAUAUGGUGUCAAUGCUGGUUCCUUCACGGCGAAAUUUCCUUGUAAUUGA